UUAGUGUAAUACUUUAAGUCUCUUUAUUACAAUAAGACGACCAUAUUGACAUUCUUGAUCUGCAUGAAGCAACCUUCGAGAUGACGGCAAGAAGCAGAAGAAGAAGCUGCUGUAGUGAUUUUUAUCUUAGAGGAAUAAUUUUGUACCAAAGAAUACAUACUUAAUUUUAAUCUUUUAAUAAAUUAACUUUACGUUAGAAUGAAAAUAUAUGGAAGAUUUGCAUUUAGUUGUUUAGAGAUCACGGGCAAUAAUCAAAGUUAAAAUUGCAUAAUUUAAAAUAAUUUCCACAUUUGAAUGGGAAGAAGGGUUAUGACAGGUUAAGCAUUCUCCAAGACAAGGAAAAGCGCUUAUAAAAAAGUUAGUAUUGAAAGUACGAAGUGGAAGCAAUGGCAGCUUCUAACCUAAUCACGUCCCUGACACAGAUAAUGCAUUCUUGCUUAAGUUAUAAAAUGCCAGUAACAGUUUACAUCUGUUAAGGUGCAUGUAAUUGAUGAACAUAGAUUACUGCAAUAAUAAAAUGAACAGCAACAAUGACUUUUCUGUUUGUCUGCCUGUGUAUUAUUUGAGUCUCAUUCCAAACAAAAUGGCAAACACUAUGGAAGCUCUUGUACUUAAGGAUGAAGGAUUGUAUCGGUAUAUUGAUGAAGGAAGUCAUCAAACAAGUAAUUUUUCUUCAAGGAACAUUGGUGGAAGAGACAUAAAUAAUGUUAAAAUAAUUAGCCAUAGCAAUGAAAAUGGUAAUAUUGAAGAAGUUGAAGUUGAUGUGGAUGUUGAUAUUAGUAGUGACACUUCAAGAGGUGAUCUGAUAGAUGAUACUUCAACCCACUCAACCAACAUCUUAGAAAGCAACAUUGAAGAAUUUAUAAAACAUCAUCCCCCUUCUAGCAAGGGCAAAGGACAGUAUUACUGCCGAAUUUGUUUCAGGAGGUUUACGCAACAGGUAAACCUAGUGACACAUGAACGAAUUCAUACAGGUGAGCGUCCAUUCCGAUGUAAAAUGUGUCUUAAGGCAUUUACCCAGCAGUCAAACUUGUGGAAACAUGUGCGUACACAUACGGGUGAACGUCCUUUUCAGUGUACCCUGUGCUCAAAAGCAUUUGCUCAACAAGCUAAUCUUUCAAAGCAUCAGCGUAUACACACAGGAGAGCGACCAUACAGCUGCAAUUAUUGCCCCAAGGCAUUUUCACAACGAGCCAAUUUGCUUAAACAUGAACGUACACACACAGGUGAGAGACCAUUUUGCUGUCGGUUCUGCUGUAAAGCAUUUGCUCAGCAGAGUAAUUUGGAUAAGCAUGAGCGUGUGCAUACGGGCAUUAAACCGUAUUCCUGUAAGCAGUGUUUAAAAAAGUUUACCCAGCAGAGCAACUUGACAAAGCAUGAAGCCAUUCAUUCUAAAGAGAAACCAUUUUCUUGCAGAAAUUGUCAAAAAUCUUAUACUCAGAAAAGUAAUCUUCAAAAACAUGAAAAGAAAUGUCAGAAAACAAUAUAGGGAACUCUGAAAACAUGUACCAUUAAGAUAGUACUUGCUGAAAUUCGUCAUUCCGUGAAUCCCCAUAUUCAGAACUCGGUAAUUUGUGAACGUCUGUUGAAAGUUUCCCUUGUUAAAAAUUACUUUCUCUGCAAUUAUUUUUAUUCUGAAAUAAACUAUGCAUGCUAUUAAACUAUCUAACUAGAUGGCU